AUGUCAUUCACACCAGAUCAGUCCGCAGAAUCGGAAAGACGUCUCUUUCAAGAACCUAAAUUUACAGUUAAUAUUGAGUCGGAUCCUGGUUCUGUAUCAGACUUUCUGGGUAAUGUGAAUCUAGGGUCUGCUCGACUAAGAGAAAUGGCCGGUCUCGGCGGUGGCCUAGAAUUCUUGCCACUUGAAGAACAUCAAGUCACGCGGGGAGCAAUUCCAAGUUUAUCGUUUGGUGGUACUUGGGGUUUAAUGGAGGGUUUUCGUGGUCAUAGCCCAAAUUUCAAGCUUCGUCUUAACACAAUAUUAAAUUCAGUUACCAGACGUGGACCCUUUGUGGGAAAUUCGUGUGGCGUAUUAGCCAUGGGUUACAAUACAAUUAAUGGAAUCAUGGGAAAUGUAAGAGGGAAGCGAGACACUUUAAAUGAAAUUGGGUCAGGUGCUUUGAUUGGAGCUAUGUUUAAAUCAACAGCUGGUAUAAGAGCUGCAUCAGCAGCAUCUCUAAUUUGUGCUAGUGCGGCAGGGACGUGGGCACUUGUAAAACGAUAUUACUUUAAGUAUUAA